AUGCCACUGUGCAUGGCAUUCGGAAUGAGCCUGUCCACGAUCCCCGAGUCACAAUGGGAGAAUACGCGCCCGAUUCCUGUGCCUGUGUGCCGAGGCACUCAGGCCCAACAGAGACCGCCAGACGCACCAAAGGGUCUUAUCGCGCAGCAGAUACAGAAACGGUCUCGAGAGUUGAUGCGCGCUCAAGAGACACCGCCGCUGGGAUCGAUCAGUCCGGCUCACACCAGCGAUUUCUUUGAUUCAGACGAUACACUAUCUAUUGGGUCAAGCCAGGCUGUCGCGUCUGCAUCUGAGGAAGAGGAGGAUCUGUAUGGCUCGACUCCUCCUAAUGAAAUACAAAACACGAGCCCACCACCUGCAAGUCUACCCAGCGGCACCUCAUUUCAGCCUGACGAGGUUGAUGGCGUCUCACCGGCAGCGCAGAGCACAACGAGCUCAGAGUCUACCCAGUCGCCUAGCCCGAGCCUGACAACAGAAGAGAAUUACCUGUACGAUAGCACACCGCCAGAAAUGCGAGGCAGGACUGGUUUUGACCCACCACGACCAGAUAGCGCAGCAAGCCAGCGGACUGUAAUCCCCGAAGAAACGGCUAGUUCUAGGCGCAGGUCAAGUCAGAUUGGCCCACUAGACACCUCACACAACGCGAGACCUACAGAAAGCACGGGACUAUUCGGGCUGCCGGAGUCUGUACUGGAAAGGCUCGCUCAUGGAAGCGUGCCACAUGCUUCGAAGAAUGAAGGAGAGGCUGAGGUAAUGGAUUCCGCACUCAAGAAGUUUGCUCAUCGACCGUAUCAGGGACCGCAGGGGGGUCCGAGUGGACUUAGCGAGCAGCAGCGUAGACAGGACAGUCAGGCUGAGGUAGAGCAGGAAGAGCGAGUAGAGGACGGUGCCAAGGAAGUGCACAAGGGCGAAGGCAAGGAUGAGGAGGUGGCAGAAGAGAAAUCCGAGGUUUGA